UCGCGAUUCAUUUUGGGUGGUGACCGGUGAGGCGGUUGGGCUGGGCGUGUGGUGUGUGAUAUCGCAGCACCGGUCAUUUUACGAUGUCUUGGCAGGCGUACGUAGACGACCAUCUCAUUGGAACGAAAAUCAUCGAUGAAGCUUGUUUAGCUGGACAUGAUGGAGUUAUCUGGGCGGCAAGCCCAAACAUAGGAGCCCAGCCGGAGCAGAUCAAGACGCUGGUGCAGGCGAUGGACAACUCGGACCUGGUUACCACCAACGGCUUCAGUAUAGGCGACAUGAAGUACGUCUACCUCUCCAGCAUCCCGGGCAAGGUGAUCCGGGGCAAGGCCAAGGGCCAGAAGUCGGGCGUGCACGUCUGUCUCACCAAGCAGGCCAUCAUCAUCGGUCGGUACAGCGAUCCCGUAACGGGAGGAGAGGCGGCCAAAGUCGUGGAAAACCUAGGCGAUUACUUGACGGGCGUCGGCUAUUAAAUGUGAGUGGCCAAGGCGUCGCCGCAAUGUGGCUGAGCCUGCCGCGGCCGCACCGGCCUCCGCGGUCGGCGCGCAGAGCCGGCGGGCCGGCGCCGCCCCCCGCCCCCUGCCCGGCCGGCACGCGCACAACGGGCCGUCACAUUCCAGGACCCAGGACGACCUCCGGCUGCCGCCGGGGCCGGCCGCAGCGGGGGCGGCCCGACCCCACUUCCAGCGCCGCCUCCCCGACACCCCGCCACCCCCCGGUUUUGUAAUAUUGUUUUGUAAGUGAGAGCGAGCGGUCGGCGUUUCUCGCGGCCGGCCUGGUGCGCCGACGGGCCGCCGCCUCUUGUUUAGUCGUUCUUCGCGUUGGCUAAAUUUCGGCGGCUGCGAGUGCGAGUGCGCGGGCGAGUGCGUGAGUGCGCGCGCGAGGAGCGCCGCCCGGGCCGGCGGCGCCCGCGUACGAUUGGAGGAUUUGGCGGCAUUGCGUGUGUGCACGGCGCCACCGGGCUGUAAAACC